GAAAGGGAGAGAGUAGAUUGGAUGUUAAAAUAGAAAGGAAGCUAGCGUGAGCCUUUAGUUACUCGAUUACUAUCUCUCUCUUUUUCUUCGGACCAUUUUCAUCAACUCAAAUCCUAAUCUUUUUCAUCAGUUCUAUGGAGUCGGAGCUCAUAACACUAAUAUCUCAACUAAUCCAUACCAGAAGACGUACGGAUUUGAAUCCGAGGGAGGGACUCAUAUCGCUCAUCUCAAUCAUUACGCAAAUGAUCUCUACCGUCAGCUCUGUGGAUUUGGAAUCGCAGCCGAAAAAGUCAGAUGUCAUAUCUCUCAUCUCUCAAAUAAUCUCUCUGGCCCGGUCUACCUCGGUUUCGGAACCGGAUCAGGAGCUCGUGUCACUCGCGACUCAAAUGAUCUCUCUCAUCAGAUCUGCACAUCCGGAUCCAGAACUCUCGAGAGUUGUCAGUCAAAUAACCACUUGUUUCCACAAAAUGGACUUGAAGUCGGAGCUAGGGUCACUCCUAGAUAGGUUAUUCUCUGUCACCGAUUAUACUGAAUGGGAUUUGGAGCCGGAUGCAGAGGCAGAGGGUGUCCCGGAGCAGCUGAUCUCCUUAUUCCCUCAGUUCGAAGUAAUCCUUGUGAGAGGAAAUUUCUGUGUGACAAAGAAACAGCCGUGGAAGAAGGAAGAAGAUGGGAACUGUAACCUCAAAGACCAAAAGGUAUUAAGGUUAACAAGAGGAGAAGAAGAGAUCACACAGUUUUUCUUCUGCAGGAAUUGCAGAGGGAGGAAGCAUGCCAACUCUAACAAGGCGCCAGUUGAGGUUAAACACCCUCUACAUCCAAGACAUUCUCUACAGCUUGUCUACUGGAGGUCCUCCAGAGACAAAUACAGACAAUGUUAUUGCUGUAUUGAAGGUCUCAAACGGAUAUUUUAUUAUUGCUCCGCUUGUGAUGUUGCUAUCAAUAUAACUUGUGUGGAGACGGAACCAGUCUUCUUUGUACAUCAUCCACAGUGGCAUGCGCAUUCCCUUGCUCUGUUUCCAAGACUGACUUCCUUAUGUUGCAACCUAUGUGCCUUGCCCCAUUCAGAUUGUCCUUUCUAUAUAUGCCCACCAUGUGACUUUGUGGCUCAUCAGAGUUGUCUCAACUUACCACGUGUUAUAAGGAUAUCUCGCCACCACCACCGUCUCUCUUUUACCCCUUCUUUCGACCAUGGAGAUUGGUCUUGUGGUGUUUGUCGGAAGAAGAUCCACAAUGAUUACGGUGGCUAUUCUUGCACCCGUAACGGUUGUUCCUAUGCUGCUCAUUCCAAAUGUGCCACGCAGAGCAACAUAUGGGAUGGUCAAGAACUUGAGGGCACACCAGAUGAAGAUGAAGAAGGAGUUGAGCCUUUUCUGAGGACUGGUGAUGGAAUCAUACUGCAUUUCAGCCAUCAACAACAUCACUUGAGACUGGAUGAGAAUGCGGACAGAGAUUAUGACGAGGAUAGGAUAUGUGAAGCAUGCAUCAGGCCAAUCUAUUUCGGUAACUUCUAUUCUUGUAUGCAAUGCGAAUUCAUACUCCAUGAAGAAUGUGCAAAUCUUUCUCGCAAAAUACAUCACCCGAUACAUCCACAUCAGCUCACUUUAGUGACUCAAACUGGUGAUAGAAUCAACAUGUAUAACACAUGUUCAGCUUGUUCGUGUUGCAUAACUGGAUUCUUCUAUGAGUGUGGUAAAGAAGGAUGUAAUUUUAAGCUACACAUUCCGUGCGCCACAAUUUCUGAGCCAUUAAUACAUGGAAGUCAUAUGCAUCCUUUAUUUCUAACAUCUAAACCAGGAGAGCGGAGAAAAUGUGCAUUUUUUAUGUGUUAUCAUAAUGUUUGCUUGGAUACAUUCAAUUGCAUUGAGUGCGACUUUUCUUUGUGUUUCAUGUGUGCUACUAUACCUCAAAAGGUGAGGUAUAAGCACGACAAGCAUAUGUUCACACUUUCCUAUUGGAAGGAGACAAGUACCAUGACGAAUUGGUGUGAAGCUUGCGAGGGAAAAAUAACUCCAAACAUUGAGUUUUAUACUUGUGAUGAGUCUUGUUCUAUCACGUUACAUAUUCAUUGUCUGAUUGGGUGUGAUGCAUAUAUGAAGCCCGGUUUAUUGUUCAUCCAGCCCACUGGUGUAAACAUAGAUGUUCUGCGCAACAAUCAUUGUAUGUCUCGACCUAUCUGCAGUCUCUGUGAAAGGCGUUGUCCAUACCAAAUAGUGUUCCAAUGUUCUGGAUUCAUAUUUUGCGAUUUAGAUUGUGUACUUAAGGUUAUCUACAGAAACCUGAUCGAAUAAAUUGAUGGACACUACUGCUCUUAUAGAAUUUGUAUUGGUUUGUCAAACAAUGAUGUCCAUUUUAUUUGAAACAAGUUUUUUGCUUUUGCAUCA